AUCGCGCGGCCGGCUUUCCAAGAUGGCGCCGAAGAAAGACAAGAAGCCUAAGAAGUCAACCUGGAAGUUUAAUUUGGACCUUACUCAUCCAGUAGAAGAUGGAAUUUUUGAUUCUGGAAAUUUUGAACAGUUUCUACGUGAGAAGGUUAAAGUGAACGGAAAAACUGGAAAUCUUGGGAAUGUUGUUCACAUUGAACGCUUCAAGAAUAAAAUAACAGUUGUUUCUGAGAAACAAUUCUCUAAAAGGUAUUUGAAGUAUCUAACCAAGAAAUACCUUAAAAAGAACAAUCUUCGUGAUUGGCUUCGUGUGGUUGCAUCUGACAAGGAGACUUACGAACUUCGUUAUUUCCAGAUUAGUCAAGAUGAAGAUGGAUCUGAGUCUGAGGAUUAGGUGAAGCCACCCAUUAUAGGGCUUUGCUUGCUAAUAAAACAAGUGACAUAUGUACAAGAGGAAAAGACAUCUAGAAAUUGACCUUUGGUUUAUCAGUGAAUGAAAAGCAUUGUACUCUGUUAAGCAUUCGAUUUAAGUAUAUACUGUUUACAUGGUGCUAGCUUUCCUUUAAUAUUUUCUAUAAGCAAUAUUUAAAUAGCUAAGUGGAAUUUCCCCCAGGAUUUCUGAACUGUAUUGCUUUUUAAAAUGUACCAGUAUAGUAUAGGAAAAAAUGAAGCACAAUUUGGGGCAUAACUUUAUAUAAUAAAAUAUUUAAAAUUCUCGUGACAGUCUCAAA